GGGGAAGGGCUUGCGACCCGCUCUCCUUGCACAUUGAGUAGCGUAGAAUCUCAUAGGCAUCACGAUCUGCGCUGUUACGGACGGGGUUGCUGCAGUCUUCCGUUCACACAUGCUAACACCUGCCGGGAGAACUCGCGUUUACAUGUGACGUGAGUCAACUCCCACUUUUUGCUCCAUCCGCAGCGAUAUCCUUUUCUUUUUCUGAUUAGUUAGAUCAUCGUAAUCAAAAAUACAUUACGUUACAAUGGACGACAAGAGCGGCUUUUUAUCCCUCGUAGUGUCCGAAUUUGCCAACCAGGACCUUUCUUACAACUAUGGCGGGCAUGACACGAUUCCCAUGCACGCAGACGAAAACCUGCAGCCGCCUUCUUUAUCACAGGUAUUUAACGGCGCCUCCAAGAGUCCGCCGCGGCGGACUCCAGCGGAAGGUUCUCUGACAGCCGGCGCGGCUAUCCAACAACAAGCACCGGCCCCAACAAGAAGAGCAGAAACUGGAGAAGAGGAGGAUCGCACGCGUUCUCAAAAGCCGCCGCUCCACGCCUUCUUCUCCAUCGAUCCCGGUCGCGCCGCCGCAACGAUUUCGCCCGCGGACGAAGACGCCGUCACGCAACGGCGAUGGUGGGCAGACACCGCAGAGGUCGAGUCGUUCCUGACGCAGCUUGACCAGGCACGUGAGGAGUGCGCAGCAGCGGGUCUCUACACCAACGCGCAAGCCUGCAUGCAGCGCAUGGAGCAGGCACUGCGUUUGUUCGCGAAGCGCCUGCACGCGGAGACGGACGCGGUUGCGUCAAGGACGCGCGAGCGCAUGGUGGAGCAGCAGAAGCGCAAGCGGCUUGACCUCCGCAAACAGUGCCGAGACAACGUCACCGCCUACAAGCGCGACGCUGCCGUCUUGAUCGCCGCCACGCAGCAGCACUAUCACGCACAGCUAGAGAAGGAGGACAUGGCCAUGCGGGCAGACUUGCGCCACAGCGGUGACAGUGCAGCCGCGACAGACAACGGUUCUGCUGGACCAUCGUGGUCCAAAGAGGUGCAGCAUCUUCAAAUGGAGCUUCAGCAGUACCUCCGCCAGCGGCGCUACCGCGAUGCAGCGCGUGUGCGUGCGCAGCUUUACCUUCUAGAAAAGCAAGAGACCACCGUUUUCCAGCGUGAGGCGACGCAGCGGCAGGUUCAACGGCUGCAGGCCCGCAAAGCCGCACAGGCGUCCGAGCUGGCGGAGAUGCAGGCCAUGCAACGCCACGAGGUACAGGAGAUGGUGCUUGCAGGACGGGCAGCGUUGAACGAGCUGACGCUGAAUCAUCUUGCGGCGCUUCAGACCGUGGAGGAUCGCCGCCUGCACCUCCACGCAAAAACGCGCGAGACACUGCACGAGUACGAGCACGCGGAAAUCUUGGAUCCCAAAGCGACGGUGUUGAAGCUCAUUCGGUUGUCUCAGCUCCUGUGGACUCCGCCAAGCAACGCGCAGAGGUGA